AAUAAAAGUUCCAACUUCCAAGUGAAAUGUUGUUUAAAUCCUAUCCACAAAACACAAUCCACUCUAAUUAGUAAUCUUGUACAUCAAUACUCCUAUAUUCAUGGUCUCCACAUUGGACAUUCUUCUUCUUUGCCUUUGUCUUCCUUGCCAUUUGAAUUGCAGUCCGUCAUGGCAAAAGUUCUAGACUCCCAUUUCUUAGCUAUCACUGCUAUUGUCACUGUGUGUUAUCAGUUCAUUUUCUUUGUUAUUACAGCUCUUCUCAAGUUUGAUAAAGUGACUGAUUUUGCUGGAAGCACAAAUUUUAUCAUACUUGCUGUAUUGACUAUACUCAUCAAAGGUUCAUGGCACUUUAGACAGGUAAUUUUGACUUUGCUCGUGGUACUAUGGGGUCUUCGUUUGGGGCUGUUUCUUUUAAUGAGGAUUUUGCAAUGGGGAGAGGACCGUCGCUUUGACGAGAUGCGUAGUAAUAUAGGGAAAUUGGCUGUAUUCUGGUUAUUUCAGGCUGUGUGGGUAUGGACUGUGAGCUUACCUGUGACGAUUGUCAAUGCUAGUGAUAAGAAUCCAUCUCUUCAAGCAGCUGAUAUAAUUGGAUGGAUUAUGUGGUCCAUAGGGUUUUCGCUUGAAGCUUCAGCUGACCAGCAGAAACUUUCAUUCAAAAAUUCACCUGCUAAUAGAGGGAGAUGGUGCAAUGUUGGAGUUUGGAAGUAUUCCCGUCAUCCAAACUACUUCGGAGAGAUUUUUCUUUGGUGGGGAAUUUUUAUCGGUUCAAUACCAGUUCUAGAAGGCGCUGAGUGGCUUGUUAUCCUUGGGCCGGUGUUCCUAACAUUACUGCUCCUUUUUCUUAGCGGAAUACCAUUGCUAGAGGAAUCUGCAGAUAAAAAAUAUGGCAAUGUGGAUGAGUACAAGCUAUAUAAGAAAGUUACCAGCCCUCUCAUUCCUUUGCCACCUGAAGUAUACGGAAACUUGCCUUUGUGGUUCAAAAAGAUUUUCCUCUUCGAGUUUCCCCUUUACAGUCGGAAUCUUCCCCAAGAAAGUUUUGCGAUUCGGGAGUAAGGUUGCAAAGCUUUGGACCUCUCUGUGGAAUAGUGAACCCUAGUCUUGAAAUUAAUCAAAAUCCUUUUCAAAAAAAAUCUUGUUCAUUGAGUCUUCAUAGGUUGGGUUUAAACAAAUUUCUAGACUCCAUUUAAUUGUGAUUUAUAUUUGAGGUUAAUUGUCAUAAGCACAUUGAAGUAGAAGUAUUUAUUUUAUCUAUGCUACUUCACAAUGUUGUUCUUACAGUUGGAAAAAAUUCUGAUAUAUGUGCAAGGUGCAGGUCAAACCCACAAAAAAGGAAUGAAGAGAACAUGGUACUUCUACUGGAAAAGCUUGCAACAAUUGCCAAAUACUCAUCUUUCCCUUUAAAUUUGCGAUUUUAUUGAAAUUAAAGCGAUACUUUUUGAAUAUAAUAUUGUGAUUUCAAAGCGAUAUAAAAAAUAUUAUUUAACAUCCUUCGUGGUGUAUUUGUAUUUUCUUAUGAUAAAAUGCUAAUUUACUUGUGUAAAAUUGUACAAAACUACACAA